AUGAUUGGCUAUGGUUUUGGACACUUUUAUAAUGAUCUGUGCGCGAGUAUGUGGUUUACGUAUUUUAUGAUAUUUUUAGAAAAAGUUUUGUUAUUUCGAAGUUCAUUCGCCGGUGCGUUAAUGCUGAUUGGACAGGUAGCUGAUGCGAUUAGUACACCAAUCGUUGGCAUCGCCAGUGAUAAAUCUUUCAUACCAUUUUUCAUGCUUCGAUUAGGACGAAGAAUUUCUUGGCAUAUCAUAGGAACAAUUUGUGUAACAUUGUCAUUUCCAUUUAUAUAUAAUCGUUGUUUAUUAUGCGAUGUUAUUUCAUUGGAUUGGUUACAUUUUGCUUGGUAUGUACCAUUUGUUAUAAUAUUUCAAUUUGGAUGGGCAUCUGUUCAGGUUUCGCAUUUGGCAUUAAUACCUGAAUUGUCCGAUAAUAUCAGUUGUCGUACCACAAUGAAUUCUUUAAGGUAUGGAUUUACUGUGCUUGCAAAUUUAAGUGUGUUCAUAAUAUUGGCAGUUUUAUUGAACACUGUUGAUACUGGAAGCGGAAUAGAACCUAUUGAUUUAACGUAUUUUAGUAUAACAUCGUUUAUUGUUGUCAGUGUUGGAAUAGUUUCUUCAGUUAUUUUUUAUAUUACGACUAAGGAAUCACCAAGAUCUCGUAAUUAUGCUCGAACUAAUUCCUUUUCUUCGGAUAUCUCUGAAAUUAUUCGUAUGUCAUGGAAGAAUUGGUUUAAACAAUUCCAGUUUUAUCAGAUCGGUGCUUUAUAUAUGCUUUCACGACUUUUUAUAAAUAUUUCGCUAGUGUAUUUUCCUUUUUAUGUAACAGUCACUCAACAAUUAACAAAGAAAUUUGUGGCAAUACUUCCAAUGAUUUCUUAUUUAUCAUCUUUCGUCACUUCAGUAAUAAUUAGCAUUCCAUUUAUUAAUCGUCAUAUCAACAGAAAGGCGCUAUAUUUUUUUGGCUGUCUUAUUGGUAUUACUAAUUGUAUUUUAAUGUAUUUUCAUUCUUAUCGAAUCAGUAUAUUUAUCAUCGCCAUUGCUCUUGGGCUAGCACAAGCCAUUCUUCUUGUUACUUCACUUGCAAUCACCGCUGAACUUAUAAAUAAAAAUACGGAAAGUGGUGCAUUUGUUUAUGGUGCUAUGAGUUUCGGCGAUAAAUUAACAAAUGGAAUUGCAUUGCAGGUUAUUGAAUUAUUUAAUCCACAAUGCAGCGGACCAGAAGCUUGCUCAAAAUUUUAUAAAAAUAUUAUGAUUUUUGUGCCUGGAACAUGCAUUAUAUUUGCAAUUAUUGUGUUGCUUACCCUUCUACCUCAAACGGUUGGAAGCAGGCAUCGAAGAAGAGACGAUGUUGAUAGUGAACAAGCGGAUUUGAUAAUUAAUAAUUCAAUGACUGAUUAA